AUGUGCGGAGUUUCGUCUUGCUUCACCGACUGCGAGAUGGAGACUUGUCAAGAAGUACCGUCUAUGUUUCUUGUGCUUGAGUUCCAGGCACGUAGUUCGAAAGUGUACCACCAAGUCCAGAUGCCAUAUAGGCAGGCUUCAAUGUCAAAGGCUGGACAUGGAAGCCCCACGAGGCCUCAACCAGUACUCAACAAUGGCAAGCAGCCCUCACCGGAACCAAGAAGCCAACAGCCAACUCAACAGAUGAACUUAAGUUGUGUUAACACUAAGACAACGCAACUAUUGUUUCGGAUCCUGCCAGUGACGCUUUAUGGGCCGAACCGUCGAGUAGAGACGUACGCACUGCUUGACGAAGCAUCACCGGUAACCAUGAUAGAUGAAGUGCUACUCAAGGAUUUGGGCGUUAAUGGAGAACGCAACUUGAAGUACGAAUUGAAGAAUGUGCAUGCAGUGGAUGGGUUAGAUCUGCCGAUGCAGACCUUGAAUCAGGACUACCUCCAAGUAAUCAUUCCGCAACCACGUUUCCCUGUUGAGGCAUAUACUAACGCCGUGCCUAGGAUUCUAAUAGGCCUGGAUCACAAGUACCUUGUCGUGCCAUCCAGCACCUGGGAAACCUCCAAUAGGGGACCGUACGUGGCCGUUACUAGGUUAGGAUGGGAUGUUUCUGGGACGUUCCACAAGCAUCAACAUACAUCUGCGCCAAAGCCAUGCCUAUUUGCAGCAACGGACACCGAUGAAGUUCAUAAGAUGGUCAGCGAAUACUUUAAACUGGAGAACAUGGGGGUGAAGCCAACUCCACCAGCCCCUUCAGAUGACGACAUACGGGCACAAAGUAUUUUGAACGAGACGACGGUAGAAUUACUCGGGCGGUACCAGACGGGAUUAAUCUGGAAACGCGACAACGUAAAUCUACCUUCCAGUUAUAAAAUGGCGUUAAAUAGGUUGGAAACUGUUGAAAGAAAAAUGGAAAGAGAUAAACAGUUUGCCCAAGAGUAUAAAGGAAUGAUAAACGAUUACAUAAGUAAAGGAUACGCUCGACGUGUAGAGCGAGAAGAAGACAUUGCAGUCGGCAGCGGCAAAAUAUGGUAUUUGCCGCAUUUCGCAGUGACGAACCCGAAUAAGCCAGGGAAAAUUCGGCUAGUCUUUGACGCGGCUGCCAAAGUGGGCAACGUGUCACUGAAUUCAGAGCUAUUAAAGGGACCACAGCACUAUAGGCCGCUUUUUUCUGUUCUAUUCCAUUUCAGAGAAGGAGCUGUUGCGGUCACCGGAGACAUCAAAGAAAUGUUCCUCCAGAUCUAUGUACAGCCCCAGGACCGACGUUCUCAACGGUUCCUGUGGCGGGAUGGACAACGAGAAGCUGAUGUGUACGAGAUGCAGGUGAUGACCUUUGGAGCUGCCUGUUCUCCAAGUGCCGCACAUCAUGUCAUGACGCUAAAUGCGAUGCGUCACCAACAAGUAGACCCACGAGCGGUCAAAGCUAUUACAGACUAUCAUUAUGUGGACGAUUAUGUGGACAGUUUCGCCACUGAGGACGAAGCUAUAUCAGUCUCUGCCAGGGUCAGAGACAUACACAAGACUGGAGGAUUUGAGCUACGCCGAUUUCAAUCCAACUCACCUAAGGUUGUGGAGUCCUUGGGUCAAGAAGGAACCACCAACCCAGUUGGGUGGGCUGAAGCAGAGGAGAAAAUUCUUGGAUUGUAUUGGCAGCCAGCGACCGAUGAAUUUAGGUUUAACGUGAAGUACCAGAGGAUCAAGCACGAUGUGCCUACCAAGAAGCAAUUCCUCAGUCUAAUCAUGUCAACGUUAGACCCGAUGGGGUUCCUGAGUUGUUUCACCAUUACCGGCAAGUUAUUAUUACGCGAGAUUUGGAGAAGGAAUGUUUUAUGGGAUGAACCGUUGCCAAAAGAACUCAACAGCGCCUUCCAGAAAUGGCGCCAUCAGCUAGAAGGAGUGGGUCUGUUCCGAUGCCCGCGUCACUACUUUGGAUCAGAAAUGGUGAAGUCAAUAAAAUUACAUGUCUUCACUGACGCCAGUGAGUCGGCGUACGCGGCUGUGGCCUACUGGAGGGCCACCUACCAAAAUGGGGAUGUACAAGUGAGUUUCGUUUGUGGUAAAACGAAAUGCGCUCCGAUGAGAACCAUGUCAGUUCCACGACUGGAGCUGCAGGCAGCGGUGCUCGGUACACGCCUGAUGAACGCUGUGAAGAGUGGACACUGCAUGGAGACGGAAGAUGCCAUUUUAUGGACAGAUGCCAAAACGGUGCUGCGUUGGAUAUGCAGCACUCAUAGACGUUAUAAGCAGUUCGUCGGUAACAGAGUCACAGAAAUCUUAGAAUCCACAGAUGCUUCCCAGUGGAGAUGGGUCCCUACCGCGGACAACGUGGCGGAUGAAGCGACGAGGCCACAAGGGCAAGUUGACUUUAGCCAGAAAUCGCGAUGGAUGUGCGGGCCUAAAUUCCUACAGCAGCCGCAAGAUUUGUGGCCCCAAUCAACUACCGAUCUGACAGACAUUGAGGUUGCAGCCGACGUCGAAGAGUCACCGUGUGAGUUUGCCUUGGUGGUUGCUAACGACGAAUUUAUACAAUUUCAGAGAUUCUCGGAGUACAACCGACUGUUGAGGACUAUGACUUGGGUUCUCCGAUUCGUGUGUCGGUGCCGUCGUCAGCAGCACGAACAUGGAAAAUAUGGAUUGACUGCAGCCGAAUGUGCGGAAGCCGAACUCGUCUUGGUUCGUGUUGCUCAAAGGGAAGCGUUCCCAGACGAGUUGCAUCGCCUAUAUGCAAACAGACCAGUCCAGCCGACGAGUGAGCUGAAGGGACUGCUACCCUACGUUGACGACUUAGCGAUUCUACGCGCAUCUGGGAGAAUCGAUGCGGCCCUGUGUUUACCGUAUGGGGCGAGAAGGCCCAUCAUUCUCACGCAUAGGCACCCACUGACGGAUUUGAUCGUUCGUCACUACCAUGUAAGGAUGAAACAUCAGAAUGUAAACGCAACUAUCACCGAGAUCCGCAUGAAGUUCUGGAUAACGAAAGUGCGCCGGGUACUGCAGCGGGUUAUCCGGAACUGUGGUGUGUGCAAACUCCAGCGUGCAACCCCAACCCCACCUUUAAUGGGUCCGUUGCCUGAAGAUCGCCUAAAACCGGGUGGAUGGCCAUUUGAGUACACUGGUUUAGACUAUUUCGGACCACUACUUGUGACGGUGGGUCGACGCCAAGAGAAGAGGUGGGUGGCUCUAUUCACCUGUUUAAGAACUAGAGCAAUUCACCUGGAGCUAGCCCACGAUUUGUCAACAGACUCCUGCAUACUUGCGAUGAGGAAUUUUAUGUGCCGCCGAGGACCAGUAAGAAAGCUGGGUAGUGACAAUGGGAAGAAUUUCAUCGGCGCAGACAGGGAAGCCAAACGGUUUACCGACGUUUUUGAAGCAGACAAGAUCCAGGACGAGCUUGCUACCCGUUGUGUGGAGUGGAUUUUUAACUGCCCUCUCAACCCCGCGGAGGGAGGAGUCUGGGAGAGGAUGGUCCGAUGCGUAAAACGGGUAUUGGCUCAUACAGUAAAGGAUGUGGCCCCGAAGGAACACGUAUUGCAAAGCUUGCUCAUUGAGGCCGCGAACAUUGUGAACUCAAGGCCGCUAACCCAUAUGCCAAUUUCAGUCGAUCAAGAGGCACCUUUGAUGCCCAACGACCUACUGAAGGGGACGUCCAACAUUCCUGAUACACCCGCGGAGAGUGAAGAGUUGCCUAAACCGUGUGAAACCAGGAAGCAAUGGCGCAUGGCACGACUACUGAGGGACCGGUUCUGGAAGCGAGAAAUGGUGCGCGCGCACCCAGCCAAUCAGAAAGGAUGA